UGCCUGCUUAUUGACGAGCGCGGUGGCUGGUCGUAUUUUUGCAUCUCCACCCCCUUAAAGGAUCGAUUGUUGGUCUUUGAAUGAUAUCGACAAGUAUAAAAUGCCUAGCUGUUAGCUUCUGCAGCAGUAUUUGAUCACGAGGCCAAGUGGUAUUACUUGUUUCAAGAGUUCGUGCAUUUAAGGACAGAUAUCAAAAUGUUGCCAACAGCCUUUCACACCGGGAUAUUGCUGACAGUGUUGUCCUGUGUAUGUGCAUACAGAGCUAUGAGGUUUAGAGACGAGCUGCCCAGGGUUUACCAAUAUCCUAUACAAUUUCCAGAGACAGAUUGUUCUGAAGAAGGCAGCCGGUGUUUCCAAACAAGCGACUGUUGCGAAGGCUCCGUGUGUGUCACAGACAACGGACUAGCAGGAACUUGCGUUCCUGCAACGCCUAGGAGAUCUGGUUCCUACUUGUGCUUUACUAAUACCGAUUGCGAUCCUGGUUUCGAGUGUACUGAAGUCAGGUCGCAGAGCUUGCGUGUGUGCAAGGUGAAGGGCACCCGCAAAGAGGGUGAGGACUGUGAAGACUCAUCGGAAUGCAGGCCAGGGUCAUGUUGCCAAGACAUCAACAUUUUCCGCAGGGGCACCUUCAGGAAGUGCGGCCCAUACUACGGCAUUUCCAAAUGUGUGAGAGCGAAAUCGGACAACAGUGUCGUCUUCCGACGAUAAAACAAACUUACGUGAUUGCAUCGAAGCAGUGACCCGAUUUUAGACGUUACAUAAUCUUUUCUUUGUGAUAAGCGUAUAAAGUAAUGUAUGUGAUUAUGAAAUUUGGAACUGUAUAUCCAUGCUUUGAAUAACGUGUUUGUAAAAGAUAGACAUUGAUAGAAAUCUAGUUAAUAAAUGUUAUUUAAAGGUGCGUAUUUUAGCGAUACACGUGUAUUACUGAAAUUAUUUCUGUAUUGUUGAGCUUUGUAUAUAAUGUCUUAUUUGUCGUAGUGUCUGAAUACUUGUGUGAUAUAUCUCAAUGGUUUGAUAAAAUGUGGACAAGAAUAACAUUUUCUUGGAAAAGUUACGUACCGGGGAUAAACAAUUCUUAACUUGCUAUUUAUGAUGCAAUGGAAUGCAUGCCAACAAGCAUGAAACAACUUUUUUGAAACAAAAUUGUACAUCUAUCUCACUGAAUAUUUUCAACGGUCAGAGACUGACAGUUGGGUCUUUGAAGUAGCAAUAUCUUUGCAAAGGUAUUAUUUGUUAAAGCUUAUAGAAUUGAACCUGUAUAUUUAAAGAAUUCAGCAUGAUGCCGUCUUCAACUUAUAUUGUGUUAAAGUCCUCAUGUUUUUCUUUGUGUACAAAUUGUACCCUCUGCCCAGUGACUAUAAAUAAUUCGUUUUUAAACAUCUAAGCCAUAUAUUAUGUAUAUUUUCCAUCGAAAUUAUUCCGUUAGACUAAACCAUACCAUGUAAUACGUCUGCUUACUUUGGGCAGUGCGCUGUACAAGCCACGUCGUCUUAAAAACUGUUACCAUGCAAAAGUAUUUAUCUAGCUGGAUAUCAAUACGUGUACACUGAAAGAUGAUUAGCCACGGUUCGUUAAUUCUGUUAACAAAUGAAAGACGUUUUACAAAGCAAUAAUUUGUUUUUGAAUGCACGGUAUAAGUAAUUAUGAAGGAAUUUUGGAAUCGCUGGUAAUGAGUAAGAUAGACCUUAGACCUUUGUACACGUAUUAGAGAGCUUGGCGCAUCUGCCGUGUCACCAUGCUUUUUGUGUCAAAUUCGUAAAAAAACAAACAAACGAUGUGUACAUUGAUAGCAGCAUUAAUGUUGAAGUGUUAGCACUGACUCAUCAUAAAUCGUGAAAACAUAGAUGUAAAUGUAUUUUGAAUAAUCUGGAAGUAUAGCUGAAAAAAAUUA